AAGCGGCCUCAGACACGCCAGCGGUGCACGCCUGACUUCAACACGCUCAAUAAAUUGUCGUGUUUUGAUGACGCCAUCACUGGGACUUUCCGGAUACGUCGCUCGGGGCUGCUUCUUCUUGCCCACAGUGCUAGCUUGGCGUUCAUGUCGCUCCACACAAACACCGCGGCUUCGUAAAACGACGGCGGAGCUCACGGCGACCAUGAGGCUAUGAAGCAGGCAGAGGAGCCUCGCCACGCCGAAAGGUCACCCCAUUAAACCCCCGUCGUCAGCAAAGUAUCGGCUAGAUUCACGAAGCGGAAUGUCAACAACGCGGCCCCUCCUCGGGAUGAGGCGAGUCACCGAGCUGUCGUGCGCGGAGCAGCCGGGCGGCAGGCUCCCCGCGCCGGCAGCGAGGCAGCAGCAAGAGCCGCCCACCGUGGACGAGUUCACGGUGCUGGAGGACAAACAGGAGGAGCUGAAAUGCGCCAAGCCCCGCGUCGAGGGGGUUUUCAAGGUAUCCUUCACCAUCAUCGGGCUGCUGGACCACACGGGACAGGCGCACGGCAGCAAAACAUCGCGGCAGAUUUGGCUGCAGCUGAAAGGGAAGCGAGACGACGUGUCCAAGGCGAAGGAGUACGUACGAGGUCUCUGCGACCCGGAGCUGCAGAAGGAAGAGCGCUACCCGGUGGACAUGCACUGCAUCUUCGCCGGCGCCCGCGGCCUCUUCCUGGACCGGCUCCUGCGGGACACCAGCGCCGAGGUCCUGGUGCCCGAGCCGGGCCGCCUGCGGCUGCUGGGCCGGGCCGAGCCCGUCGUGAUGGCCCAGAGUCGAAUUCAGCAGUUUGUGGCGCUCUUCCAGGAGAAGCGAAGUCUGCCCAGCGACAGGGAGCCGGCAGUGAAGCGGGCGUUCAAGUCCUUCGUGGAGGAAAGGGAUGAUAAGUACACCAUGGAGCUGCUGCUGCUGCCCAGCGCCCUGAAGGAGGAGCUGCUGGGACUGGCUCAGAGCCCCACCAGCACCAGCACCUCCACACUGGCGGCACAUCUCAGCGCGGCCGACGCCGACCAGGACCGCUCGCAGAGCAGCACGCCUGUCACAGAGCUCUCCAACCGCAUCCUGGACACCAGCUUCGAGGAGAAGGGGACCGGGACGUCCGGCGGUCGAGCAGGGGGAGGGAUCGGCCUCGGCCCCGAGGCGGUCCUCCUGAACGGAGUGCGGCCUUCGCACAAACGGCGCUCGUCUGAGAGCGAGACUCGUGACACAAAGAGACAGUACUCGCUCGAGCGCAGGGACGAGUCGCCGGAGAAAGACAGAGAGAGGGAGCGACAGAGGAAGGACAGAGAGGGCCAGGGGGGAGGCGGCAGCGGUCGAUCCAAAACCCCGUCGGCGGCGUCUACGCUCUCCUCCUCGGCCAAAGCGAACACGGUGGUGGGUUCGAUCAUGCUGGACUCCAACGAGGGCGCCUCGGACGACGGGGAGGCCGUCAGCCCAGAAACCAACCUGCGCUGCCUGGUCAACUUCUUCAGGACCAUGGGCUACCAGCAGGAAGUGGUGGAGCGCGUCGUCAAGGAGACCGGACAGACAGAAGACACCUUUCUCGUCCUGGAGAGGAUCGUCGAGGAGACGAAGCGCUGCGAAGCGGCAGCGAGAGGAGGGGAGAAAGGAAAAAGACUGAACUCUGCACGGCCUACAGAAACUUGCCCCACCUCCACCUCCACCUCUUCGUCUUCCUCGUCUGCGUCCUCCUCCUCCUCCUCCUCCUCCUCCUCCACGGUGUCUCGCAGCAGAGAGAAGGAGCGUGGGCUGAGCAGAGUGCUGCUCGACCCGGGGAAAUCGAAAGAGAACAUCAAGCCGGGGCAUCACGGCGGCUGCAGUAACGGCCUGGGCCACCGCAGGCAGUGCAGCGGCAGUGAGACCAGCACCCAGCAGGCCAUCACCAUCAAGAGGAGCUCCAGCGCUCAGGGAGGGGCGGGGAACUAUGAGGUCAUCACCAUCGACGACGACGACGACGUCAUCGCCACGGAGACCCUGACGCCGGGAACAAAGUCGUCCCGGAUGAAGGCGAUGGAGCAGCUGGACAGCCACUCCGGCUCGAGAACAGACUACUUGGCGCGGGGCGGCGGCGGCGGGGGAUCGCAGAGGGACUACCUGUCCAGGGGCGGGACUCAGACUCUGGGAGGACCAAUCAAAUUGGAGAGCGUGACGGCGCUCCGCAGCGCGCCCCAGUGGCUCACCACCACCGGCUCGUCCUCGUCCUCCUCCCCCGCUUUAAAUGACCCCAGCUCCCGCCCCUCAGCUUCUUCCUACCAGACUAUUGGCCACAUGGGGUUCCAUGUGGGCGGGGCCAGGGUCCCCCCAGCCAUUGAGCCCCCGGCGCCGCCCGUAACCGGCCUGGCCCGUUUCCACCAGUCGCUGAGGACCCCGUACACCCUGACGCUGCCCAACGAGCCGGGACGCCCCGAGCUCAGGCACAUCAUCAUAGACGGCAGCAACGUGGCGAUGUCUCACGGCCUCCAUCGGUUCUUCUCCUGUCGAGGUAUAGCUCUGGCGGUGGAGAUGUUUUGGAGGCGGGGCCACAGAGAGAUCACCGUCUUUGUCCCUCAGUGGCGCCAGAAGAGAGACAGACUCACCACAGAACAACACUUCCUGAGCCAGCUGGAGGACCUGAGGCUGCUCUCCUUCACUCCCUCCAGAGAGGUGUGUGGCCAGAGGAUAUCGUCACACGAUGACAGGUUCCUGCUCCACCUGGCAGAGAAAACAGACGGCGUCAUCGUGACCAACGACAACCUGCGGGACUUCGUCGACACGUCAGACGCCUGGCGGAAGAUCAUCCAGGAGAGGCUGCUCCAGUUUACAUUUGUGGAGGACCACUUCAUGAUCCCAGACGACCCUCUGGGCAAACACGGGCCGCACAUAGACGUCUUCCUGCGCAAAGACAGCAGGCGAGCCCCGGUCACUCCUCCCCCGCUGAGACCCCCAGACUUCCGCCCGUCCUCCCAGCAGCAGCAGCAGCAGCAGCAGCCGCAGCAGCCGGUCUACGUCCAGGCGCUGCACUCGGCCCCGCGGCCCCCGGCCUCCACGCCCCAGCCCCGACCCCUCCCCUCCCUGAUCCCCCACCCCGCGCCGCACUGGCCCCACUCCGGACCCCCCGAGUGGCACCCGCCCCGCCGCUCGCCUUCGCCCUCGCCGGCCCCGCCGCCGCAGCGGUCGACCGGCGAGACGUCGGAGCUGAAGAAGAAGCUGUACGACAUCUUCCCCGACCAGAAGCAGCGAAUCGACCGCAUCCUCAACGACAACCCGUACAUGAGGGACCUGAACGCUCUGUCGGGCCUGCUGCUGGGAUAGAAACACACAACAAACUGAGGCACAGCAACGACAACCAGCGCACAUUGUACAUACACACACACACACACACACAUGCAAGGGUAUAUACAUACACAUGAGAAUAAUUUAUUUUGCCAUCUUCCAGCCUGCCAGUGUAAGGAAUGUUUGCCCAGAGAAGGACUCAGAAAGAUAUUUUUUGUAAUAAAGACUUUAAUCAUCAAACAAGCUGCUAUUGGCAAAGACUAUUUGCUGGGACAGUACCACACCUGUGUUUCUCCUCUUCUAGCCCCUUUGCUUUCUAAUUGAUGAAGCCGAACAGCAGCACUGGUGUGCACGCAGCCAAAAUGUUUCUCAUUAACACAAAUGACACCAUUUCUCCUGGCCUGAAGACCACAGCUGGUGUGUGUGCAUGAAUAAUUCGGGUGUGAACCGUAAUAAAACAGUCCAGUUCUGUGACAGCGGUGCAGAGGCUCCUUGAACGCGGGAUGAGAGCGCAAAUUUCUUUUUUCCCCUUCCUUUCUUCGUCUCAUGAUUGGUUCACGUUCAUGAGUCCCGACUCGGCCUCAGACUCCAGUUUUCACCAUGAGUCUCUUUCACUACACCGUUUGACACUUUUUUUGCAAAAGUACUGUAUUUUGGGGUUUUUCUUUCAACACACCAGUGAUGUUAUUAAUCACGUUCUGCAGCUGAAUUCACUGCCAGGCCAAAAAAAAAAAAAAAAAAAAUCAGCUCACUGAACAUUUUUUCGGUGAGCAGUUUCAGUCUCCGGUGAUCUGAGUGGUCCAGGAGCGCCGGUGUGGAACACGUCAGUCGCAGGAUUUCCAAGCGCUGAGUUUACUUUCAGUUCGUGUCAAAGUGCAUUCGUCAUAAAUUUACAUGAGGCAGCCGCCGCGGCGUCCUCGAUCAAGGGGCUUUUUCAGGAAGCGCGAUUAGAUCACCGGCUCAGAAAAAAAAAAAAAAAAGGUACUUUUCAGGAUCAUUAGUGUUGGCCAGGCAUUCCAGCAAACCCACGCUUUGAUAUUUGAUCCAGCCAUAACAAAACACAAAGAACAAUCACGUUUUCAGUUGUUUUUUUUGGCCGCACCCCUGCUCAGUCAUCAGGCAGCAGUGUGAAGCCUCGGAGGUGGACGACAACAACAACCAUCAGACUGCCACUUCCUGCGCCCGCUGCAUCAAAAGUUACAAUUAAUUUCCUUUAGACAGACGGAUUCAAAGUGUUACUGUUUUUUUUUUUUCCCUAAUCCACACUCUUGUUUCCAAAUCCCAUUAAUCCCACCACCAGUGAAUCACUUUAGAUGUUUUUUUUAUUCUUUGCCUCGCCGGUCGGCAGAGAGUUUGAGCGUCAAGACGGAUUUGGGCGUCUCUUCCUCCUCGGCACUGCCUUCUGAGCUGUUUUGUGAAUUUUGAGCCGUGGGUCUUCAGGCAGUAUCUAUUUUUCCCCCUCCAUCUGGCUUGACGUGGGAACAAACACUACAAGAGUUUGCUUUUAGCCUCAGUUCAUUUCAUUUUUAAGUGAAUUCGGCCACAACUUGAGCGCCCCUACACACACACACACGUAGAAAUGUGUCAUUAUCAGUUUUUUCUCACAACACACCAGCCUCGUAAUUCGUGUUCAAUCAAUCAGUAGCUCGAUUUGAUACUGUGUACGUCGAUGAGCCGACAGCGUAGCGAGCAGAGCGAGGGUUCGGCCGGUUUGAUAACUUUGCAGAAAGCUUUGUAGUGUUUUUAAUCCUAAUCCACCCUGAGAAUGUGGGCGGCAGGCUUUCCCCCGGCUUGCAGUUGAGUUGUACACUUCAUUUUUGUAAUAUAUUCAAGCACUUCUCCUCUUCCUUGUACGGAGGGAAAAGAAAAAAAAAAAAACUGCACAAAAACUUUACAAGGUGUUCAAAAUAAGUUGCGUUCAUAUUCACUCUGUUG